AUAUGAGUCGCAGUACAGAGAAGAAUGAACUUUAUUAGCUAGCUGGCACUCCAGUCUGGCAGGUCGGUUGUAUCAAUAUUUGACAUCACAUGAGAAACAAACAACAUCAGGUGACAGCUGAGACAAUGGACCUUGAGUUUUAAUCCUGCUAUUCUAGCUAGCUACUCAGAGCGUUUGUCCCAUUGAACAUUAGCAAGCGGACGAACGUUAGCAAGCGGACUAACGUUAGCUUGCCAGCCCACCCCAAAAGAAACAUGCCCCCAUUAAAAUUCUGCGCGAAUCUUUCGUGGUUGUUUACGGAUCUGCCAGAGUUUACCCAGAGAAUCUAUGCUGCUGCAUCGGCUGGGUUUCAGGCUGUGGAGGCGGCAUGGCUGUAUGACUCUGACUUACAGGAGCUCCAGAGAGUCAAGAAUGCUACUGGGGUUGAUGUGGUGCUGAUUAACACCCCCCUUGGAGAUGCUAAGGCAGGUGAUCUUGGUCUGGGUGCUGUUCCUGGCAGAGAGGAGGACUUCAGAAAGGGUCUGGAUCUGGCCAUGCAGUACGCCAAGGCUCUGGACUGCAGGAGGAUCCACUUGAUGGCUGGGAGGGUACCUGUGGGGGCGGACCGAGCUACCAUUGCCGUGGAAAUGGAGGACACCUUUGUACAAAACCUAAAACAUGCUGCCGAUGUCCUCUCAAAUGAGGGCAUCACUGGCCUGAUUGAGCCCAUCAACACACGGAUAACAGAUCCCAGAUAUUUCCUGGACAGUCCACAUCAGGCGGCUGCAAUCCUGCAGAAAGUUGGCCACCCAAAUAUUAAACUACAGAUGGAUGUCUUCCACUGGCAGAUAAUGGACAACAACUUGACACAGAACAUACACAAAUAUUUCCCUCUCAUCGGUCACAUCCAGAUAGCCCAGGUGCCCGGCAGGAACGAGCCGGACAGUGCAGGAGAACUUAACUUCCCAUAUCUCUUCAGUCUACUGGAGGAGAUGGGUUACCAGGGAUACAUCGGCUGUGAAUACAAACCACUAGGCUCUACAAAUGAAGGUCUUGGUUGGGUGAAAGAUUACUUGAAGCGCAACAGGUGAUGGCUGAGAGGACCAUGCAUGCAAACGUUUGCCAGUACCAGCCUUUCCAUAGAUGCAACAGUCAUCGCUGAUGAGUCUUAUUUCAACUCAGAUAAACAGUUCAUUAUUGUGAAAUGGGAUUAUUAAACAGCAGGCUAAACACUUGAUUGACAUAGCUCUUAUUGAUGUGGUGAGAAGCAGUAUGAUUAGAUCAUUUAUUUGCAAUUGUCUUUUUGUACAAUAAAGUCCUGUGUUGUACCCACA